CAAGAGAGUACAAAAACUGCUUAAUCCAUUGAAGGCACUUACAUCAAAGAUUAACUCGAAACAUUUGGAGACAAUGUACAACUCAUUCAUAAGGCCUCAUUUUGAUUACGCAGACAUUCUUUAUCAUUCAUCAACUCAAGCACUGAUCAAUAUCCCUAGCAAGUUGCAUUAUCAGGCUGCAUUAUUGUGUUCUGGGUGUCUCCAUGGCUCUGAUACAGGUAAAGUUAUGGGGGUCUUAAACUGGUGCACACUACCCCAAAGGAGGGAACAACACAUUCUUAACUUCAUGUACAAAGUAAUCAGAAACCAGGUACCCUCCUAUGUAUCUUCAAUAUUUGAAGAAUUCAAAAAUCCAGCUACCAGAAGAACAAGCAAUACAGAAGUAUACCAAAUUCCUAUAAGGUCAACUGCCCAAUUUAUUAAAUCCCCUAUUCCUAAUGCAAUAUCACUGUGGAACAAAUUACCUAAACCUCUUUUAGAAUAUGCCUUAAAAUUUUCCCUACCAUCGUUCAAAAAAGAAAGUAAUAAACACUUUCUGCCCAAGAGAAUAAUCAGUUCAACGUCCCUGAUUAAUUUAACAAGGUCUCAAGAAAUCACUCUCAACAGAGCUCGUGUAGACUUAUUUUUGAAAGCAAGACUUUUUGCACACCAAUUUACAUUUAUAGACUCGGCUCAUUGUUCUUGCGGCAAACCUGAAACAC